AUGAAACCGGGUGGACUAGACACAGAUAUUGAACAACAAAAAUUAACAGCAUCAUUAAAAACAAUGUCGCCACCACCCACUUCAGAUCAGCAAACGUUACUACCAUCGAUUCAAUUAAAUGGACAUUGUAACGGACAUACGACCAAUUAUGACGAAGAAACGACAACCAUGUCGAAAUUAACAUCAGACGAUAGUUCUAGAGUCGAUAAUAAAGAUCGAGAAAAUUCAGAUUAUGACGAUAAUAAUAAUAAUACGAGUACGCUGUCGAUCGAUCAUUCAGAGACAACGACUACGUCUCAGUCGUCAUCGUCUUCUAUUACGACAGUCACACCAUCAACGAUAAAUGGAACAACUGAUAAUUUAGCUGUAGUACAAGAAAUAUCAUUCAAUAUUAGAAUACAAGCGCCACAACUAGAUGUAUUUGAUUUGCCGGUGACCUCAAGUGAACUUGUGCAAGAAAUUCAUCAGGUAUUAAUGGAUAAGGAAGAAACAUGUCAUCGAACAUGUUUUUCUCUACAAUUAGACAAUGUUGUAUUAGAUAAUUUUACGGAAUUAAAAAAUAUUGAUAAUUUAAAGGAAGGAAGUUUAUUGAAAGUAGUUGAAGGUAAGUUAAUUUUUAGUUAUUCAACGGUGGUUGGACGCAAAAUUUAGCAUUUUUUCAUUUAUAUACAAAAUAAAUAUCACGCGAAAACAUUUGUUUAUAGUAUCCAAAAACUACUAUCGGUUAUUACACUCAAAGUUAUUAUUCUUUUCUGAAAACGAGACGGCUCGGCAGAAUGCUUAUCACAUUUGAACGAAGACAUGCGGUUUUCACUGCUGGAUAGAGAACGUC